AUGGUGCAAUGGGACCAGUGGCGUCUCGGCAGCACCAGGUCACAGGUGUGCAGAUGGAGAGCUAUGCUUAACAGUUGCCACCAGGACCCGCAUGUGCACCUGAACUUGAUGAGACAACAUAAGCUGAUGGAUCUGGACGCUGCCAGUGACCAUGAAAACCGGGAGGCAGAUGCACUCAGUCUCCGGCUGAAAGCUCAGCAACUGGUAACUACGACAGCUCACAUCUCUCCUUCCUCUGAGACCCGUCAACGCUUCAAAAAAGUGGGCUUUCCUCCGGGGGCCUGCAGCCUCGCUGUCUGGUCCCCUUCCCCUGAGAACACCAGUGGGAUUAGCCUGGACUCCGCCCUAAGGGCCUCCUUUGACCCAGUGUCCUCCUUAAAGGCCCUUCUCAAGCACAGUCACAUUCUCAGGUGGCUUCAACAUAUGAAUUGGAGUGUGGGCCAUAACAGGGCGCUGGGGGAGUCUCCAGAUGCCCGCUCUUUUCUUGACGUUCCUCCUGUCCAGAGGCAGGCCUGUUUCUCCUUCUCCGUGAUCUUGAGCAGCUGUGAUGGCCUUGGCCAACAGAACACAGUGAAGUCCUGGCUGCUGAGACUAUGGUACACGGCCCAGGACUAUCAGCCCCACCCAAGGCUCCUGCAUCAGAAGCAGCAUUUGAACAAAAUCUCCGGGCUGGGGUUUGUAAAAGUUGUCAAGAAUAAGGCCUACUUCAAAAAAAAGAAGAAGAAGAAGAAGAAGAAGAAAAAGGGUGAAAGUGACGAUUCUGCUCAGAAACGAGUGGUCAACGACAAAGGUAAGUACCAUGCUCCCAAACACAGGAUGCUCGUUCACGGAACCAAGAGAGACAUCAUUUGUCAGACAGGAGAUCAGAUCAUUUGCGCAGCCCAGGCUCACAAACUCCCAAAGUACGGUGUGAAGUUUGGCCGGAGAAGUUAUGCGGCAGCAUGUUGGGCUGGCCUGCUGCUGGCCCGCAGGCUUCUCCGCAGGCUCCUCCGUAGGCUCGGUGUGGACAGGAUUUAUGAAGGCCAGGACGAGGUGACAGAUGAACACGAUGUGGAGGGCAUCACUGGUCAGCCUGGCGCCUUCCCCUGUUACCUGGAGGCAAAGGUUGCCAGGACGCCUGCUGGAAAGCAAGUUUUGGGGGUCCCGAGGGCAGCUGUCCAUGGAGGCUUGCCUGCCCAUCACAGUCCCAAGGGAUGCCCUGGUUAUGAUUCCAAAGGCAAGGAGGUCAAUGCUGAGGUGCACGGCGUGGGCCGGGAGGUUGGGGAUUACAUGCGCCACCUGUCUGAGGAAGACGAAGAUGCCUACGAGAAACGAUUCUCUGCGUACAUGAAGACACGGAGGAGAGGAAUACGAGAGCUCAAGCUGCCAUUCAAGAGAGUCCAGCUGGGGGAGGAAGCUAAGAAAGACGUGAAAAAGAAGAGGUGGCAUUGUCCCCAGAUGCUGCUUGCCCGGAAGAAAGAUCUGGAAGCUCAGAAGAAAGCAAGCUUCCUCAGAGUUCAGGGAUGGGCUGCCGAGAGUUAA